AUGUCUCAAUUGGAAGUUCCUCAAGCGGCAGUCCUAAGAAAUGCCACAGCCCUGAGAGAGGUUACUGUGACUACCCCACUCGACGAAGUCUUUGACGCCUGGCACGAAGACGGGGCAAUAAUAAUCAAGGGUAUCCUUUCCACAGAGCAAGUGAAUCAGCUUGAAAGCGAGCUAGAUCCCCUUCUGAACAAAGUACCGGAAGGAUCGCGGUCAUCCGAUUAUCGCAUGCAGGCUUUUCACGGCCGCAAGACAAAGCGUGCCGGGGAUAUCACGAACAACAGCAAAGUCUUUCGCGACUACCUACUCGACAACGAUUUUCUCCACGCUGUUUGUAAGCGGACCUUCAGUGAAGGUGGUCAAGCCGGUGAUUAUUGGCUGGGUACGGCGGCUACUAUCCACGUUGGCCCUCAUCAAGAACCGCAGACCCUUCACCGUGACCUGGGCAGCUAUCCGCCUUACAAGAAACUAGGACCGGAAGGCACCGAGGCGCAGAUAAACUUUCUCAUCGCGACAACUGACUUCACUGAAGCCAACGGGGCAACCCGUGUGAUCCCCGGCAGCAACAAGUGGGCGUUCAGUGAGCGUGGAAGUCCAGAGCAGACCAUCCCGGCGGAGAUGCAGGCAGGUGAUUGCCUUUUGAUUAGCGGGAAAGUGGUCCAUGGUACUGGGAGAAAUACGACAGACCGGGUGAGAGGCUGUCUAGCUAUGACAGUUUGUGCCAGCUUCCUUACUCCAGAAGAGGCGCAUCCAUUCAUUGUCUCAAUGGAAACAGCCCGCGCGCUUUCUAGCCGUGCGCAGCAAUUUCUGGGAUUUCGGUCCCAGUGGCCUCGUGGUUCGCCCGGUUUGUGGACCAAGGAUUACUCUGAGCUAGCUCUACACUUGAAACUUGAUGAUUAG